AGGAGUGACAAGAGGUUCCCGAUCGGAUGGGAAGAAUGCUCUCACCCCUGCAAGAAGUGGAAGUGCAUCGUAUUUCAACAAGGAUGUUGUGGUGUGUGAAGAACAGCCUUCGCCUAUUGCUGUCGUCGACCACCUGGUUUCAACACCAGCUAAUAAACUUUCUUCGCGUUCAAGAUCGAGUUGUAGCGAGAAGUACUUGACAAAUCGAAAGAUAUAUCCUAAGCAACAUCGGGCAAGCAACUCUGUAUCUGAUCAAUGUUUUACACCACCUACAGAAAAAGACAAAAGAACAAGUCAUCAGCACACGUCUUCAGGUUCCGUUAAAAAACAUAAACCACUUUCUGAAGAUUCUACAGACCAACGACAUGUGCAAACACGUGUUAGAUCACGUGCCUCAUCCUUAAAGACCCCAAGAGCAACGAAUGACAAUAAACGCGCACCCUAUUUAGAGGACCCCAUGUUUCAGACGCACUUAAUUCCUUGCACUGAUGUCGUUGAUGGAAAAGUUUGUAAGACUAAUACGGAUGUAUUAAAAUUAGCUGAUUUGAUAUCAACUGGUAAAGAUGAUGGGGACAUGGGCCCACAGAGCCACAUUAACUUCCACGCCGGUUCCAAAUCAAAUUCCCGCGCAUCGUCUAGGAAGAGGCGUUGGAAUCGACUGAGUCUUAAUGAUGACGUAGAUCCCGCGAAAGAGCAUGCUAGUGCCAUUGUUCCUGACAAAAAUGACAAUCAAACCACUGGAAACAACAGUAUUGGAAUUGAGCAAAUGUAUUUUUGGGCACGAAAAUUAGCGCAUUGUAACCACGUAAACGUUGCAUCAAUGGAAACACUGAGAGCGUUUCUCGAGUGUCGGGUGUCUUUACUGAAAUUGAAAGCUAUCAGAUCCAUCCUAAAAGACGGUGAUUUGCAAGACGAUGAAUCAUUAAUGUUAAUCAUAAAAGAUGUUUUACAAGAUAAUUUGAAUGUUCUGCCUUUAAUUUUAGAACUCCACUUUAUGGAGUCAAAAAUUGCGUAAACAGGGACGUAUUUUUUAAAUAAAAUUAAAAUCAAUUUUAUAA